AUGUCGCGUCGCUUCUCCCGGCGGCGAACAAACUCCUCGGUAGCGGCACCGCAUAACUCAAACGGCGAUGAGGUAUUUACGGACGCCUCGAGCCAGCAUGGCGGCUCGAGCAUAGCAUCGAAUGCUCGACAGGCGUCGAGGGUUGGGAGGGCCGCUUCGUCAUCUGCGGGACUUUCGUCGUCUUUUAGUCUGCCGAGUCGGUCGUAUAUUCAUCAGGUUGGGCAUGGGAUACAAGAGCCCGCUCAAUACUCAUCUACCGGAGUGCGGGAACAGACAGCUGUACUCUCUUCGUCUUUCUUGAGCGAGUCGGAACUGUCUAAUCAGUUCAGUCCGGAUAGCAAGGGGGCAGUAUCUAGCAGUGGAAACUCUCGCAAACCGGAUCCCAUCCCGGAGCGAUCAGAGCCAGUGUCUCCCUCGGGAUCAGGCGGCGAUGCUCCAACAUCUUCAGAGCUGACUGCAGCUUUCCGGAACCAACCUUCAGCAGAAAGCGAGCAGGACACGAUGACCGGGCCCGAAGGGCUACGAGCUCAGCAAUCGCCGUCUCCACGGAUACCAGAGGUUGUGAUCAGUGACGAGAACGGCUGUCUGGAGGAUGAGACCACACCGCUGUUGCCACGAGAGCGCCUAUCUUCUUACCGCAAGCCUCAGCACGACAACGAACCUGACCUCGAGGAGCAAAGCCAGCACAAAGUCGGUACCUGGAAUCGAGUUGGGCAUCAGUAUCCUUCUAUCCGAGUGGCGAGAACGAGACUCGGCAGCGUGGUUUCCAACCCAAAGCAAUGGGACUUCCGCUCCAUCGGUCGAAAGGUCGUGUACGAACCGGUGUGUAUGAUACCGGCGGUCUUUCUUGGGUUGCUCCUAAACUUGCUUGAUGCUCUCUCCUACGGUAUCAUCCUGUUUCCACUCGGCGAGGAGGUCUUCAAGGACAUGGGACCGGACGGCGUCUCUAUGUUCUACGUCAGCUGCAUUGUGUCGCAGCUGGUCUACUCCACCGGGUCAAUCUUUCAGGGUGGUGUGGGCUCUGAGAUGAUCGAAGUGGUGCCCUUCUUCCACAAAAUGACCUACAUGAUCAUGAGCCAAAUGGGUACCGGGAACCCGGAUGCUCUACGAGCGACUGUCAUCACUUCCUACGCAAUGAGCUCGAUCAUCACCGGCAUCGUCUUCUUCGGCCUGGGAGCGGCGAAGCUGGGCACACUCGUCAAUUUCUUCCCUCACUCGAUCCUCACAGGCUGCAUCGGCGGGGUGGGAAUCUUCCUCUUCAUCACUGGCAUCGAGGUGUCAGCUCGACUGGAUGGCAAUCUGGAGUUCACCGCCGAAGUGUUCCGGAAACUGUUCAGCGCUGACACCGUCGCCUUGUGGAUCCCACCUUUGGUUCUUGCUAUCUUACUUCUCAUCAUCAAGCACUUCUACGACCGACCUUGGCUGGUGCCAGCCUACUAUAUUGGCAUCACCGCCAUCUUCUACAUAGUCACGACUGCGGUGCCUUCCAUUAGUAUGGAUAAUCUCCGCAGCGCGGGCUGGGUCUUCGAGGCACCAGCGGCUGGUGUGCCUUUCUACAACUUCUACAGCUAUUACAAGUUUUCUCUAGUCGAUUGGAAGGCGAUCUGGAUGACGAUUCCUUCGCAGCUGGCGCUGACGUUCUUCGGCAUCCUGCACGUCCCCAUCAACGUGCCCAACCUCGCCAUGGUGGUGCAAGAAGACAACGUCAGCAUCAACCGCGAACUCAUCAUGCACGGCAUCUCGAACACCCUCUCUGGCUGUGUGGGCAGUAUCCAGAACUACCUCGUCUUCGUCAACUCCGUGUUGUUCAUGAAUACGGGUGCGAACAGCAGACUAGCAGGCUACAUGCUGGCGGCUGCCACGUUUGGCCUUUGGGUCGCUGGUCCAAUCGUCAUUGGAUACGUGCCUGUCAUGGUUGUUGGAACUCUGAUCUACAUGCUGGGCAUCGAUCUGGCGCAGGAAGCGCUGGUGGCGACGUACGGCCGGCUGCAUCGGCUCGAAUACCUCACCAUUGUCACUAUUGCCGUCAUCAUGGGCGUGUACGACUUUGUGGUGGGCAUCGCUAUUGGCAUCGGACUAGCGUGCCUCGUCUACGUGGUCCAGACAUCUCGCAAGACCGUCAUUAGGGCAGAAUUCUCGGGCACAGUGGCCGAGUCGACGGUACGGCGGCAUCCUCGACAGCGCAACUACCUGCGGAAGGUGGGGAGACAGAUACGGAUCGUGAAGCUCGGAUCGUACCUCUUCUUCGGCUCUAUCGUCAAGGUGGAGAAGAGAGUGAGGGCUAUGGUGGAUGCAGAAACCUUUUCGGCCAACCCUAUCCGGUACCUUAUUCUGGACUUUACGCAUGUCACCGGCAUCGACUUCUCAGCAGCUGAAGCAUUUGGAAGAAUGAAUCGUAUCCUUCACAGAAGGCAAGUCAAGAUGACCAUGGCCGGUGUCAACCUCGAGAGCGAAGUAGGCAGGAGCUUGGCCAUGGUUGGACUGUUCGUCGAAGAUGAGGAUGAGACAGCCGCCCCCGCCCCAAAACUCUACGAAGACCUCAACGGCGCCCUCGAAGCCUGCGAAAACGACCUCCUCAUGGUCCUCACCGGCAAAGAGAAACUCGGCGUCACCACCGGCGACGCCUCACCCCCCAUCCCCAUCUCCAACGACACACCACAAGACACCCUCUCCCGCUUCAACAGCCUCGUCGGCUCCCCCCGCGGCCGCCUCCUCGACCAAGCCGCCAACUCCGCCAUCACCGAGACCGCACCCGAAACUGCCCCGAAGUGGAAGAACCUCAAACAGCCCCUCCCCCUCCUGCUGCAAGCUUUCGGCGACUUGACCGCGGAAAACGAAUCCUUCUGGUUCCGCGCGGUGCCGUAUUUCACUAAACGGCACUUCACCAAAGGCCAACUCCUCUACGCGCGGGGUGACAGACCAGACGGCUUCUACCUGCUCCAAUCGGGCAUAUUACGCGCGGAAUACUAUCUCGAGCAAGGCAACUACCACGAGUCCAUCGUCGCGGGGACGACUUGCGGGGAGCUGCCUUUCUUCAGCGAGACGGAGCGGACGAGUAGUGUGGUGGCCGAGCAGGAGAGCGUGGCGUGGUUGCUGACGCCGGAGGGGUGGGGGGAGUUGCAGCGGAAGGAAGGGGAGGUGGCGAGGGAGUUGUUGAAGGUGGGGAUGAAGUUGGCGGCGGAGAGGAUGGAGGCGGUUACUUGUUAUGUUUUGAUUACUGCGAGUUGA